CCUAGGGGCAGCGACAUCAGUUGGAGCUCAAUUGUUGAUCUGAUCACAUCCGACGGACUUGCUGCGAAAGAAAAGCUGAGGUUUAACGACGGGUUGAACCGCACUCACCUCGGUUCUGCUGCGCGAAAGAGAGCACUUUCACUUUGACUUCUUGGUGUGUGUGUGUGCGUGUGUGUGUGUGUUUUUGGGGGGGCUUUUCGUUUUCGGCUCGGUUUUGUCUUCGGCGUGGCGAAGGAGAUGUCUUUCCCCCAGCUGGGUUACCCACAGUAUUUAAGUGCCUCCCAAGCGGUGUACGGAGGUGAUCGCCCGGGAGUACUGACUCCGUCUUCUCGCGGAGGAAACGGCGAAAUAGGUGGUAGUCCCUCCGCCGCGGCUGCUGCGGUAACCUCGGUGCUCGGCAUGUACGCGAACCCCUACGCGCCGCACAACUACAGCGCGUUUCUGCCUUACGCCAGCGCUGACUUGACUCUGUUUUCUCAAAUGGGCUCCCAGUACGACCUAAAAGACAGCCCCGGUGUGCAUCCCGCUAGCUUCGCGGCGCACACGUCGCCUGCCUUCUACCCUUACGGGCAGUUCCAGUACGGAGAUCCUGCCAGACCUAAAAACGCCACAAGGGAGAGUACCAGCACGCUCAAGGCAUGGCUCAACGAGCACAGGAAGAACCCCUAUCCCACCAAAGGCGAGAAGAUCAUGCUGGCCAUCAUCACUAAAAUGACCCUCACGCAGGUGUCCACCUGGUUCGCCAACGCCAGGAGAAGGCUCAAGAAGGAAAAUAAGGUUACCUGGGGCGCGAGGAGCAAAGACGACGAAGACGGCAACAUAUUCGGCAGCGAUAACGAGGGCGACGCGGAGAAGAACGAAGAUGAGGAGGAAAUUGAUUUAGAGAGUAUAGAUAUCGACAAGAUUGACGACAACGACGGAGAUCAAAGCAACGAGGAAGACGAGGAGAAGGCCGAGAGCAGGGAGCUCCACGGCCUGGAGAAAAGGCGUGCCUUGGCGCUCCAAGCGCACGAGGUCUUGGACAAAUCAAAGAGUGCCAUUUCUGUCAGCAAGGAGCAAUCUGACGGAAACAACAACACUAGGGUUUUGUCCCCAGGUGGACAAGGAAGUUUUCAACUGCCAGUCAGCAGUAAGCCCAAAAUAUGGUCGUUAGCAGAGACUGCCACCAGUCCCGACAGCUCGCAGAAACCCACGUCACCUUGUGGUCCUGCCAGUCACGCUGCGGCCCAGAUCCAGCAUCCGGCUUUCCUUUCUAGCCACGGACUAUACACGUGCCAGAUUGGAAAGUUCCACAACUGGACAAACGGCGCUUUCCUGGGCCAGAAUUCCCUGCUGAACGUCAGGUCUUUUCUGGGAGUAAAUCCACAUCAUCCUAAUAGCCAUCUACACACACAGCAGCCGCCGACCUCGGUGGCUGUGUCGUCGGUGGCUGGACUGAAUAGCGAAAAAACCCCAGAGGACCUCAGUCCAAAACACAUAGAUCGGGGAAAUGUCCUUAGAAACGAGUCACCAACACAACCACUGAAGUCAUCGUUUCGCCCACUUCAUGACAGUCCCAGAAAUCAGCAGGAACCCACGCAGCGUGUGCUAACGGCUCUGUCCUCCGCUUGAUCAAGACAUCUGCCCGGGAAAAGACUGACCGCACUCAUAAUAUGACAAUAAAAUGUCCGUUCAGCGUUCAAAAUGAACCUGGUCUGUUUGAGAGCCGGUGGAUGGCUAUUGUUGUACAUAAUACCACCCGUGAUAGCGCUUCCGUUACCCUGGGGCUUUUGGUAGGCAUACAUCGUCUUUGCGUGUUGGUGUUUUCUUUCUCCCUCUCUCUGUAAAUACAGUGACUCAAAUUUGUAAAUAGUGACUUGACGGAGUUUGUCCAGAUCAUAUAUUUUGUCUAAUAAACUAAAGAAAUUAUAGAGCAAUUCAAA